UUAAGUAUCCAAGUAUUCUGUGGAUUGACGGAGUGCAGACAAUUUAUUUUAGCCUUUCAGGACAUCGACCGACAAAUGCGGCGCAGCCUUCAGUCUGCCCAGUCGUCCACAGGCCAUAACCCGCGGAUUUACAAUCAACAAUUGCCACAUAUUUCUGUCCAGGGAAACCUUCCUCUGCCAUCAGUAUCGUUUUUAAAUAUGAGGUGGUUUGUGUCUCCAAACAUGGUCUAGCUCAAAUCUCUGAUCCGUGAAGCUGCAGCAGCCCGGUAGCACUGAGCCAGGAUGUCCAGCAGCUCGGGCUACCCCCCCACCCAGGGGAGCUUCAGCAGCGAGCAGAGCCGAUAUCCACCCCAUUCUGUCCAGUACACCUUUACUGGCACACGCCACCAACAGGAUUUCACCGUCCCAGACUAUCGGACUCACAUGCAGGAUGCACAGGGUCGGAGAAGACCGUCUUUACUGUCUGAAUUCCACCCUGGAGUUGAAAGGCCUCCAGAGAGACGCCAUGGUUACGAACAGCAGUACCACUCCAUCACAUCCCAGUCUGAGCAUGAGGCAUUGGAGUCUAAACGCCCUCGCAUGGACACUAUUGCUGAGGCCCACAUCAGCCGCAAUGCUCCCACUGGGGGUGUUGUCUUGCCCAUGCCCCAUACAGUACACGACAGCCUAAGAGCCACUGUGGAUGUUAAAAAGGAGUCUCAGUUCAAUGUCAAAAUGGAGUCCCCGUCCCAAGGAGGACCGACACUACACAUGGGGGAAGAUCAGGACGCUUCUCCUUCCAAGCUAUCCAAAGAGGAGCUGAUCCAGAGUAUGGACCGUGUGGACAGAGAGAUUGCUAAAGUGGAGCAGCAGAUUUUCAAGCUGAAGAAAAAGCAGCAACAACUGGAGGAGGAAGCGGCAAAGCCAAUGGAGCCAGAAAAGCCAGUGACCCCUCCCCCAGUGGAGCACAAGCACCGCAGCAUAGUCCAGAUAAUCUACGAUGAGAACAGGAAAAAAGCUGAAGAGGCCCAUAAAGUACUGGAAGGUCUUGGUCCCAAAGUUGAGCUGCCCCUGUACAAUCAGCCAUCCGACACAAAGGUGUACCAUGACAACAUCAAGACCAACCAAGUCAUGAGGAAAAAGCUGAUUUUGUUUUUCAAGAGGAGGAAUCAUGCUCGUAAACAAAGGGAACAAAAUAUCUGCCAGCGCUAUGACCAGCUGAUGGAAGCGUGGGAGAAGAAGGUUGAGCGGAUGGAGAACAACCCAAGACGCAAAGCCAAGGAGAGCAGAACACGGGAGUACUAUGAAAGACAAUUCCCUGAGAUCCGCAAGCAGAGAGAGCAGCAGGAGCGCUUCCAGAGGGUUGGACAAAGAGGAACUGGCCUCUCUGCAACAAUUGCAAGAAGUGAGCAUGAGAUUUCUGAAAUCAUCGAUGGGCUUUCUGAGCAGGAGAACAAUGAGAAACAGAUGAGACAGCUGUCCGUCAUCCCUCCCAUGAUGUACGACUCCGAGCAGAGGCGAGUGAAGUUCAUCAACAUGAAUGGCCUGAUGGACGACCCGAUGAAGGUGUACAAAGCCCGGCAGUUCAUGAAUGUUUGGACGGAACACGAAAAAGAGAUAUUUAAGGAGAAGUUUGUCCAGCAUCCCAAGAACUUUGGGCUGAUUGCCUCCUAUCUAGAGAGAAAGUGUGUUGCUGACUGUGUCCUAUACUACUACUUAACCAAGAAGAACCACAACUACAAGACGCUGGUGAGGCGAAAUUAUGGAAGACGGAGAGGAAGGAACCAGGUAAAUCAAAUAACACGUCCCUCACAAGAAGAGAAGACAGACGACAAGAACGAGGAGGACAAAUCUGAGAAGUCCGAGAAUAAAAAGGAGGACGAGGAAAAGAAGGACGAGGAAGAGAAAGAUGAAAAGGAGGAUUCUAGGGACAUUGGCAAGGACAAAGACAAGUGUGACGGUGGGGAGGACGAGGACGGAAAGGAGCAGAACACGCCGCGUGGCAGGAAGACUGCCAACAGCCAGGGCCGCCGUAAGGGAAGGAUCACCACACGCUCCAUGGCCAAUGAGGCUGCAACUGUGGCGGCUGAGGAAGCACCUCCCUCUGCCCCUGAGCCUGCCUUACCAGAUCCUCCACAGCUCUCUAAAGCUGAUCCGGCACAGAAGGCCAUGAAGGAUCCUGCAAAAACUCCAGUGUCUGCCAUGGAUGCCAGCAAAGCUGGUGCUGGUGAAACCGGAGAAACUUCUCGCUGGACCGAGGAGGAGAUGGAGGUUGCCAAAAAAGGGCUAGUUGAACAUGGGCGAAACUGGACGGCCAUUGCCAAAAUGGUGGGCACCAAAAGUGAGGCGCAGUGCAAGAACUUCUAUUUCAAUUACAAGAGGCGCCACAACCUGGACAACCUGCUCCAGCAGCACAAGCAGGACACGAGGCGGGCUCGUGCUGAUAGGUCUCAAGGUGACGGUCUAGCCACAGCAUCACCCGAUGAUGAUGACGACAACGCGGAUGACAGUGAAGGUGGUGACAACAGCUCCGACACAGAGAGCGCCCCCUCCCCCUCUCAGACCGACUCCUCAAAGUCUGGUGACUCCAAGAGGGCAGACAGCGCUGCAGGAGAUGCCCAGUGCUCUGACCAGGACAAGGGUCAAGCCGGCAAUGGAAAGGCCCCGGAGCCCUCAUAUGGGGAACUUUGUGUCAAGGAAGAGAAAAGCCCAGAGAGUGACACUGGAUCUCAGGAGGAAAGGGCCAGGGUAGCUGCCUAUGCAGGCUCGGUGCAUCCCAAAACGGAACCUCAGGAUGUGGACAUGAAGACUGGAGAGGUUCAGGUUAAAAUGGAGCCUGAGAUGAAGGAAAAAGGAGAAAAGGGUGAUCACGGUGACAUGCAGAGGGAUCUCCAUUCAGAUAAUGACUCCAGUGCCACCUGCAGUGCUGAUGAGGAUGUGGAAGCAGAGCCUGAAAGACAGAGGAUAUUCUCCAUGGACAAGCCUUCAUUGCUCAACCCUCCAGGCACGGUGCUGGUAUCCUCACCCAAGCAAACUCAGCUCAACAUCCAGCAGCUGCACCAGAGGGCAGCUGCCAUCCCGCCUAUGGUGCCCGGUCCUUUUGGACCUGGUGGCGUGCCCAUCAGCGGUUUUGCCAUGUUGCAACACCAGAUCAAAGCAGCGCACGAGUCUGCGCACCUGGAGGAGAAGCAGAGGCAGGAUCAGGGAGAUCUGGAGCGCAGACCCCCCUUCAAUACCCGCAGCCCCACCGUGCUCGACAGAGACGGUAAGCUCUUAUCCUACAUGCCUUAUGACAUGAAGCUGGCUCUGGACCAGGAGGCCUUCUCUGGUCGGCCAGGCUCUCCCUACAGACUCUCUCCUAGGGAGCUGAGCAGGGCCUCACCCCAGCCUGACCCCAACGCCCCCAAUGCCUCCCGCUACAGUGUGCCGCCAGUCCUCCACCCUGCCCCCAACCAGCUGGUCCAGAGUAUGCAAGAUGGCGUCCGUGUGACAUUCAGCAGACCCACUCGACCUCCCAACAUUCCCUCUCCUCCUCCACUCAUUCCAACCACCAAGCCAACGGACAAGCCCUCCUUCAUCCACGGAGGCUCCAUCUCCCAGGGAACGCCUGGCACAUACCUCCCACCCCAUGCCGUCUAUGGGUCAGAGGGGACGAAGAGCACCGUGGGCUCCAUCUCUCUGGGUCUGCCUCGGCAGCAGGAUCCCAGCAAACCGGGAGCUGCAGUUCCAUCCAUACAGGAUGGCAGAGGCAACCCAUCAAAGAUGGGCGAGGGUCUGGCUUUCAGGGGAUCAAUUACUCAGGGCACACCGGCCCUGUCCCAGCCCAGCAUUGCUGCUGACCUCCUGAAGGGCACAAUCACCAAGCUGGCCACAGAGGACAUGAACAUCCCAGACAAGGCCAGAGGAGAACAGCUGGCUAAAGGUCAUGUCAUCUAUGAAGGCAAGAGUGGUCACAUCCUCUCCUUUGAUGCUAUCAAGAACCCAAGGGAAAACACCCGCAGCCCAAGAAUGGGCCAUGAAUUGAAACGCACUUACGAUAUGAUGGAGGGACCCAUGGGCAGGGGACACACUGGCAGGGAAGGAGCUCCAUUCGAGGGGUUAAUUAGCAGAGCCUUGCCUAGAGAAGGUGGCCAUGGAGAUUCUAAGGAAAGACCAAUGAUGACUGGAUCUAUUAUGCAAGGAACACCUAGAACUGCUGCAGAGACUUAUGAAGAUGCCAUGAAAUAUGGAAAACAGAUCAAGCGAGAGAGUCCGCCGAUCCGGUCUUUCGAAGGUGGUAUUGGCAAAGGCAAGCCCUACGAGGGAGUAAAUACUAUCAAAGAGAUGGGACGCUCCAUUCAUGAAAUCCCCCGGCAAGACCAGUCUGGCCAGGACAUGUGCAAGACCCCUGACAUGUCGGACAGGAGGGUUAUGGAGGGCUCCAUGUCUCAGAUUCACCCUCUCAACCAGCCGACUAUUAAGCACAACGUCAAGUCCCUGAUCACCAGUCCCUCCAAGAUUCCCCACGGCAUGCCCCAACUCGAGACCAUUGAACGAGCCAAGUACGAGGAGAGCAAGGCGGUGCGCCACACUGUGGUCAACUCCACCGGCUCAGUCUUGCGCUCCACACACCAGGAGGCUGGCAGAUCCCAGCUUAGCCCGAGCAUGUACGAGGAUGCCAAUGCUCGCCGGACCCCUGUCAACUACAGCACGAAUCCCGUGUCCAGAGGUUCACCCAUGCUGGGGCGUGCUCCAGAGGGUGGCAUGAGCUCUGUGAAAUCUGCAGCACAUGAACGAAAGAACGCCAUGACCCCGACACAGAGGGACAGUGUCCCAGCAAAGUCCCCAGUGUCAAGUGGUGACCCUGUAGCCUCUCACAGCCCCUUCGACCCCCACCACCGGCCUGUUGGUCCUGGGGAAGUUUACAGAGCCCACCUGCCUCCACAUCUUGACCCCACCCUGGCCUUCCACAGAGUGCUGGAUCCUGCGUUCAUGUUCUCCAGGCAGCCGUCCCCAACAAACUACCACAACACCUACCAGCUGUACACCAUGGAGAACACGCGGCAGACCAUCCUCAAUGAUUAUAUCACCUCCCAGCAGAUGCAAGUCAUUCCUCGGCCUGAUAUGACCCGGGGACUGUCACCACGGGAACAGACAGUCGCUAUCCCUUACCCAGCAGGAGCACGAGGGAUUAUUGAUCUAGCCCAGAUGCCUCCAACUAUCCUGUUGCCUCACCCUGGGGGAACAGGUGCUCCCACUUUGGAACGCACCGCCUACCUCUCUGGAGCUCAGCCCCCUUUCCCUCCUAGGGCUUUCAACCCAACCUCCAUAUCGGCAGGUCACCAAGCCCAUAUUGCUGCUGCUGCAGCUGCCAAUGCAGAGAGGGAACGGGAGAGGGAGCGCGACCGGGAGCGUGACCGGGAGCAGCAGGAAAAGGAGAGGGAAAGGGAGCAGCGGGAAAGGGAGCAGCGGGAGAGGGAGAGGGAGAGGGAACGAGAGCGGGAAAUGCGAGAACGAGAGCGGGAACGAGAGCGGGACCGCGAGCGGGCCAAUGAAUACAUGCGCGGAGGUGGACAAGAGCAGCCCGGCCGGCCGGGGAGUCGAGGGUAUCUGCACUCACCUUCUCCCUCGCUCAGGACACAGGAAGUAGUGGUUCAACAGCGGCCGAGCAUUUUCCAGGGCAAGAGUGUCAUCACCUCUCUAAUGCCCCAUUCAUCUGCAGCAACAGCAGCAACACAGAGUGGCUCUCGCUACAGCACCGCUGCUGAUGCCCUUGCUGCGCUGGUGGACGCUGCCGCCUCUGCCCCGCAGAUGGAUGUGUCCAAUGUGAAGGAGAACAAACAUGAACGGGAUGACGAAAUGUCUUCAGCGGCUGCAGUCCGGCGGGCAGCCGAACAGCAGCAGCAGCAGCAACAACAGGAGGCAGAAAGACGAUCCAUGCAGUCACCAUAUGGUGCCAUGUCUCUGCCUGGAGGUAAGCCCCAUCCAGCUUACUCUGAAGGCCCUGGUGCUGGGGCUAAGGAUAAGGGACCUCAAACCUCAAAGUCGCGCAUCGAAGAGGAGCUCCGGACUCGAGGAAAGACAACCAUCACAGCCGCUAGCUUCAUUGAUGUCAUCAUCACACGGCAGAUAGCUUCUGACAAGGAUUCACGAGAGCGUGGCUCUCAGAGCUCUGACUCCUCUAGCAGCUUGUCAUCUAAUCGAUAUGACAAUACCGGUGGAGCAGCCAUUGAGGUGAUCAGUCCCGCUAGUUCCCCAGUCCAGCUCCAACAGGACAAAUCAGAAGAGGUGCAACAACAGGCAGCAGCAGCAGGCAUGCGGGCCUACGACAUGAGUCGUUACAGAUCAGCAGGGGAGCCACAGCCCAGUUCCCAGCAGCCCCCCUCCUCCCAGGCAGACAGCUACUCUCAGGCCCCCAAGACCCACAGAGUCAUGACCUUGGCAGACCAUAUUUCGCAUAUCAUAACCCAGGACUUUGCCCGGAAUCAGGACCAUGCCCCGGUCUCUUCCUCGUCGUCUUCAACAUUCCAGAGCGGGGUGCCAACUGUGUCCUCUUCGGGUCGAGCCAAAAUGCCCAGCCGCUACAGUCCUGAGAACCAGGUCCAUGCCCUACACCACCAGAGACCAUCCAGUAGAGUUUCACCAGAGAAUGCGCCUGACAAGCCCAGAGCCAGGCCGGGUAAGUCUCCAGAGCGGGGAGGCCGUCCGAUGGAGAACUAUGAACCCAUUUCUCCACCACAGAGCUACCAAGGCAUGGACAAACAGGAGGCUGGCGGGCCUCCGCCUCAGAGGCGAGAGGCUGACAACUCUGAGAUCAGGAGUGAUUCUAGGUCCCCAGGGAGUGUCAGCUAUCUGCCUUCCUUCUUCACCAAGCUGGAGAACACCUCGCCGAUGGUGAAGUCCAAGAAGCAGGAGAUCUUUCGUAAGUUAAACUCCUCUGGUGUCGGUGAUUCUGAUGUUGGAAACGCGCAACCAGGCACAGAGAUUUUUAACUUGCCUGCUGUUACCACCUCCGGCAGCAUCAACCCCAGGAAUCACUCCUUUGGUGAUCCAGCCAGUAACCUGGGCCUGGAGGACAUCAUCCGCAAAGCUUUGAUGGGAAACUUGGAGGAAAGACAGGACGAGCACCAGGGAGGUGUAGGGGCUCAGAGUGCCAUCAACAACAUGGGCAGUGACGCUCGCCAGGAGGCAAACCCAUCACCCAGGAAGCAGAAGCAGAGCAAAGCCAACAGCCGGAAAUCCAAGUCACCAAAUCUGGGUCAGGCCUACGCUGUAGCGGAGCGUCCCUCUUCAGUGUCCUCCGUCCACUCAGAGGGAGAUUAUCACAGACAAGCCCAAGCCCAACCCCAAUGGAGUUGGGAUGACCGACCCUCAUCCACGGGAUCCAUGCAGUUCCCUUACAACCCACUGACCAUGCGCAUCCUAAGCAGCACGCCACCAACCUCCAUAGCCUCGCCCACCAUACAGAGCCAGCAGCAGCAGCAGCAACAGCAACAACAGCAGCAGCAGCAUCAGCAGCUGCAGCAGCUGCAGCAGCAUCAGCAGCUGCAGCAGCAGCAGCAGCAGCAGCAGCAGCUGCAGCAGCAGCAGCAGCAUCAGCCUCAGUCUGGAGCCCCAGUGGCCCAGCAGCGUGUCUGGCAGUCUCUGCUGUCAGAGCAAUAUGAGACCCUGUCUGACAGUGACGACUGAGCCCUGCUUGCUACAGCUCUAACAACCACGAGAGACAGCCCCCCUCUCCCAGAACUAACCUUGCUCAUUCGCAAGUGUGAUAUGUUGAUGGAGUGGUGUCAUGAAAUUUUUGGUGCUAAGGCGCCCCCUGGCUGAUUGCUGAGAGUACAUGCAGCGGCCUGUGACAGGCAGGGCUCUCCAGAGCAAGACUUGCUUUUGGUCCGGAAGCACUCACCCAGCCUGUCGGGAAAAUAUACAAGACUCGACUGAGAGGAUAACAUGAGCUAUAGUAAAGAUGAAGAACUUAAUAUGUAAAAAGAAACAACAUAAGAGAUUAUUUCUGAAUUUUGUUCAAUUUCUGUAAAGAUAUACUUUGUCUUUAAGAAAAAUCAUGUAUGUAAAUAGAGUAACAUUUUGCAGUGUUUUUUCUUACCUUGAUUAUUUCUUAUUUUAAUGUCACUUUUAAAUUGAUCCAAUUUAAAUGGGAAGAGUAGGGGGAUAAUCUUUAAUAUCACAGUUGGUCUCUCCCAGUCCAACUCUACCCCAUGUCACCUGACCCCUAUUUUAAUAUUCUUACCAUAGUGAUGCUAAGAGAGACCAGACCUGUGGUUUGUACUUGACCAUGAGUGGAGCACAGAGACUGUGUUACCCUGCGGGCCAUCUAUCGAGCACCACCAGAGCCUGAACAUCGUGGACAUUCGAGGACGAGACAAAACACGGACUUAACAUUUCAAAAAGCAUCGAUAUCUGAUGCCUGUCUCCACCACACAGUGGAGUAAUAAUGCGAUGGUAGUUGUAACUUCUCACCCGGUUCUAGACAGAGAAAUGUCUUCAAAAGUUGAGAACACUGGUGUCGUAGCAGAAAAGUGAAAGGUCUGAUAUAAGCUUGAUUUUGCCAGAAAAAGAUCCUUGUGACUACUCCUGGACCCAGUCUGAAUAACGAAAGUGAGCCAAUGAGUUUUUUUGUUUUUGUUUUCCCCCGUAGAGCUGACCAUGUUGUGACACAUGUUGCUGUCUCUCUCUGCAGUUUCCAGCCUGUCCAGAAUGAUCUGCUCUGCAAUGUUGUCAUGGUGAAAAAAAAAAAAAGAGUAAAUUAUGUCAGUAACUUUUCUUUUUUUUGGACAGUUUUGCCAUGCCGUGUGACUUGAGAAAGAAGGCAGCUUUAAGUAAUUUUCUCAGAGAUAUACGUUAGUGUUUGAUGUUUGUAUUUGUUUCUCUAGUCCCUUUUUUUUGAUACUAUCCUGACAAAAAUCUGAACUCUGUAAAUUGUCUUUCCAUUACACAAAAAGACAAAACUAACCAAACAUAAAGAAUGGUCUGCACCAUUGUUGCACUUUUUUGCUUUGUAGCUUUUGACAACAAAAAGCAUACUACCUGCUGUGUAACUUAUUCAUCCUCCAGCACAGGAGUAUACUAAGAUGUGCUUUAAGUUUUUCCCACCACUCACACAAAAUGGAGGUGCCGACCUCUCCGUCUUUUCUUGUAGCUGGUACAUGAGUUUGUAGUGUGACACUUGCAUUACAGUUACAGUUUUAAGUGUAUGGUACCAGUAAAUGUUUAGGAUUUGCUGUCAUGUUGGUUCAAUACCAUAAACAAUUAAUCUCUGCUUUCGUUGUGUCAAUCAACAGGCUUAAAGCUUAGAAUAUGAAUUAUACUCGGUCAACAUCAUAAAUGGCAGUAACUUUCCUUUGCCAGUCUUUUUUUUUUUAGAUAUGUGAAAGAAAUACUAUAUUUUGGCUUUUUCCACUUUCACUUGGCUCAGUCAACUAAUCAGUUCUGCUCUACUCUACUUGAUAUUUGUUUCUUCCUUUUAUUUGUCAUAGCACAUGUUCAGAUUUUUAUUUCCUGUAAUUUUCAACAUCUUUGUUCUUCAUCCUAUUUAGAUGGGAUGCUAUGUGUUUACAAAGGCAAUGACAAAAAAGUUUACAAACUUGAAUCUUAAAAGAAAUCCGAAUGAAGCCGAAAAAGAAUUAGAGCAUCUUUUCAGCUCUCUAUCAAACACACAGUGGUGACUUUUAUUUUUUUGUCCUUUUGAAAUUGAGACUUGAAAAACCCGUGUAUCAUUUGAUGUUGAAAUGCAAUGUUUGUAUCGCACAAUGUCUCUUAGUAGGCUAUUACAAGAGUUCAGACCAAUCAAAUAAAGUGGAUCAGUUCUCCA